GUGCGGCAGGUUACUGCCGCCAUGUGCUGCGCCGCCACCCCUGCAGGUGGGGAGGGGGCUGAAUGGCACAGUAGAGCUAGCGCCCGGAGAGAGCCAAUGUGAGGCGGCGCUAGAGCCCGGCGCUGGGAGACGCUUAGAGUGGGCGGCGCAAAGGCCCGAGAGGAAGCAGAGGGCAGGUGUUGGGCGGCGCUAGGGCGCAGAGGGAGCCGGCGUCAGGCGGGGUGGGCUCGCGGUCUGUGUCCGCGCGCGGGGCCGGGGGGGAGAGAGGGGUCCGCGCUCUAGACUCUGCCUCUCGGAGCCGCGCGCCCGGCGCGUGUCCCGCUGCAGCGACUGGUGGGGGCUGCCCCCUCCCCGGCUCGGCGCUGUGAGUGGGCGGAAGAUGGCGCUGGGCGGAUGGAAAUCCUAACGACGGUCUCCAAAAUCGCCUCUAUCUGUACCAUGGAAACGGGCAGAGCAUCAGUGAGAUGCUGGUGGAUGUUUUCAUGGCAUUUUCUGACCUACUGAAGGCACCUCUCAGCGGAGAAGAAUGAAAUGCUAACUGGCUAAUGCUGCUCACAACUCUCAGUAUAGCUGCUGAUGUCCUCUGUGUAGAUCAGUGCUUCCUGAGCAGGAUCACAAGUACAGACUGGUGGGAUUGUAUCGUCAUGUGGACCUGGGAUGAUCAGCUGUGGCUCCAGAAGUUUUGCAUGAAGAAAGUGAUGUUUCUGGAGGUUUGUGAGCAGCUUUUCAUGAACCUCCAAUGUGAGAGAGGGUGGCCAUGCUGGUCCAGAAGCUGGUUGUAUAACCAUCUGGAAGCUGGGUACUUCUGACUUCUACAAGUCCACUGCCAACUAGAUUAGUGUUGGCAAUUUGAGUGGGAUGGUUGUGGUGGUGGUGGUGGUUUCAGAGGCAACGAGGCCUGUGAUUUACUCAAACCUGGCAAGCAUAAAAAAUAUCCUUGCCGUAAUUUCUGGUUUUGAGAGAAUGGGGUUCAUGGAUGCCAACAUGGACUGCUAGAAAAGUGCAUGAUGACAGACUUUUCAGCUGAUUGGUAGUUUUCCUUCAUGGACAUACUGGGACAUAGCAUGGACAUACUGGGAUGCUAUUCUCAUCAAAUGACAUUGUCAUAAAUGGAGUAACUGUCCCCACUUUUAUUCUAGGAGACCCCACCCUUGUGUUAGGAGAUUGUACCUGAUUUCAGAAGCCCUGGCAAAGGAAGGUUUAAUUACACUCUCAAUAGGUACAGAAUGGUGGCUGAAUGUGCAUUUGGCCAAUUAAAAUCUUGCUGGUGCUGUUUACAGAACCGUUUGGAUGGCGCCAAUGCCUCAGCUUUAGAGAAAGAGAUUGGUCCGGAACAGUUUCCAGUCAAUGAGCACUAUUUUGGUUUAGUUAACUUUGGGAACACGUGCUACUGCAAUUCAGUUCUUCAGGCACUUUAUUUUUGUCAACCAUUUCGAGAAAAAGUCCUAGCAUACAAGAGUCAACCCAGAAAAAAAGAGACCCUCCUUACAUGCUUAGCUGAUCUCUUCCACAGCAUAGCUACACAGAAGAAAAAAGUUGGAGUAAUACCUCCGAAGAAGUUUAUAACAAGAUUACGAAAAGAAAAUGAGCUCUUUGAUAACUACAUGCAGCAGGAUGCGCAUGAGUUCUUAAACUAUCUUUUAAACACAAUUGCUGAUAUCUUACAAGAAGAGAGAAAACAGGAAAAACAAAAUGGCUGUCUACCUAAUGGCAGUAUCGACAACGAAAACAAUAACAGUACACCAGACCCAACCUGGGUUCAUGAGAUCUUUCAGGGAACAUUAACUAAUGAAACCAGAUGUCUUACUUGUGAAACUAUAAGCAGCAAAGAUGAAGAUUUUUUAGACCUUUCUGUUGAUGUAGAGCAAAAUACAUCAAUUACUCACUGCUUAAGGGAUUUCAGCAAUACAGAAACUCUCUGCAGCGAAUACAAAUAUUACUGUGAAGAAUGUCGCAGUAAACAGGAAGCACAUAAAAGGAAGUACCAAGAAGUAACAACAAUAACACAAGUAUGUGUUGGGAGGAUGAAAGUAAAAAAACUGCCUAUGAUUCUAGCUCUCCAUCUGAAGAGAUUUAAAUACAUGGAUCAGCUACAUCGAUAUACAAAACUCUCUUAUAGAGUAGUGUUUCCUUUAGAACUUAGACUUUUUAACACUUCGGGAGAUGCCACCAAUCCUGACAGAAUUGGUCCUAAUCGAGGACAUUAUAUUGCAAUAGUGAAGAGUCAUGAUUUUUGGUUGCUCUUUGAUGAUGAUAUUGUAGAGAAAAUAGAUGCACAAGCUAUUGAAGAAUUCUAUGGGUUGACAUCAGACAUUUCAAAGAACUCUGAGUCUGGUUACAUUCUCUUCUAUCAGUCUCGGGAUUGAAUAGGAAGUGUGGUGAAGAGAGAUUUUAUGCCUCGUUUCUUUGGCUAUGUUGGAAUGGAGCAAGCACUGAUUUAAAAAAUGGAAUGCAGGGAGCUCCAGGGACAGUAGCGCAGUUUGCACACAACAAAGCAAAGUUUGGAUUUUUUUUUAAACCCUUCAUAUCAAGUUCAUUUUAUUUACUCAGGUAUCAUACUGACUACACAAUUCUUCUACAACUGCUAAGAGAAGAGAGAGAUACCCGCCACUCUUGCAGGAGCAACCUUCCAACAGUGAACACAUUUUCUCUUUUUAAAGUCCUGAGUCAGAGCCCCUUAAAAUCAAUGGAAAGACUCCCAUUGACUUCACUGGGGUUUGGUUCAAGGCUAAUUGCAACAAUCUGGCAGUGCAAUAGAAGCAAUAUAAAUCUGGUAUUUUAUACUGAUUUCUUGUAUGAAAAGUCAGAGAAUUCUUUGUGCAGUAAUUUGCCUGUGUUCAAUUAUGAAAGAAUAUGGUGGACAGGUUUUUUGGGGUUGUUUUUUUUUUCCCUGGGUUCUUUCAUAUAUAAAUAAGAAAUAUACUUGGGACAAAACAGUUGCCUUCUUGACCAUAACAGAUUAAUGGAAAAUAUAAACUAGUGUCAGGGAGGCCAAGUAUAUUUUGCUUCUCUGAAGAAGCUUACAUUAUAGUAAUAUAUACCUAUGCUGUCGGGAACAAUCAGUAAAAAUUAUGACUUUUAAUCUCCCUAUGGGGAAAGAUGGGGUUAUUAAUAAUAGUUUAUUUUUAUUUAUGAAUUACUAUAACUACUAGGGUCCUAUGUAUUGUCUUUGAGCAUAACAAAUCUUGAACAUAAUUUUAUAUAUAUAUUUGAAUUAGAUUUACUUGUUCCAUUUAAAUUUUUUUUUUUUAGGAAAGACAAAUUCUAAAUAAAAUGCAUAAAAUGUCUUUUACCCCUUCUGUUUUACCAAUUUUGUGUAUUCUCUUUCGGGAGGAACUGGUAUUUGGCUCAAUGUCUUUCAUAUUUUAAUUUAAUAAUUAAACAAUGAAUCUGUUUUUACUCUGAUGGAAAAGCCAAGUCGUAAAAUGUUUCCAGUAGCUGUCUGAAUGAUGAUUGUAAGAAUGCUUACUAUAGUGAAAUGCUGGUGGUGUACCCCAAUCCUUACUGUUCUUUAUUCAUUAAGGGUCCAUACUCUAAAUAAUUUGUUAGAAAAACCUGGAUCAAAAUAAACAGUUUUCAGAAUAUCAUUCCCUUCUCUGAAAAUUGAUCCAUUCAGACUCCCAAGAGCCUGGGUGACUUUCAAAAAACUCUCUAAAUAUGAAAUGAAGUUGAUAAUAAAUGAAAUAACCUAGGAAUGUAAAAGGAGUUCAGUGUUUUGAGAUUUUUUUUCAAGUCCUAUGAGGUGAAUUUUCUGAAAUUAAAGUUUACUUUGCUUUGGGUUUAUGAAACAGCAUUAAGAUUUAAAUAAUAGCACCACCAAGUAAUAGAUGUAAUAAGAAAUAUGUGAAAUGUUGUGAUUUGAUACUUUUCCAUGCAUCAGUUUGUUGUCUGACUGUGGUUGAAUGUAAUUUCUGGAAAAUGAUGGAAUACAUAUUUCAGAUUAUGGCUAUCAGGUCUUGGAUGUCCUUGUCAUUCCAUUUCAGAUAGUGAUUUUUACUUUAUUGUAAUUUUCUAAUGUUAUUUUAUUGAUACUGUUGAAACCUUUAAGAAGAAUGUCUCCUGUCUGCUGCUAUAACUAAUAUAUUUACUUACCUGUAUUUUUAGCUCAGGAAAAGACUACACCUAUUCAUUCAGUUGAACAAAUCUUGAACAGGGUCACUAAGUAAGUUGGGCUAUUUAACAUAUAUGAAAGAAAAUUCUUGUCAUAUUAUAACAUAUUGCUUUUAUAAAUGCAAGGUUUCUGAAACCUUGGUUUGGCUAAAAUUCUUUUGUAUAAAUUAUGUAGCUUGGCUAAACUACCAGCAUUGCAAAGAAAAGCAUCACAAAUACUUUGGGAGAGACAUAAAAAAUAUAAUGGAUUGGAUAUUUUUAAGGGCUUAUAUCAAAUUAUUUUAGAACCUAAAUCUGUUUUUCCAGGUUUCAGAGGGAAGAGUGAGCGGUGAAUCAGUUGGACCAUAGUACAUGCCAGAAAGAUGAAGUCCCUUGCAUUAAAUGUACAGCUUUGUAAAACCAUUGUCACAUUAGUUUUUGUUAACUGAUAAAAGUUUGCUCAGUCAUUUUACAGUUUUAAAAAAUAUAUGUAGUUAAAAGCCAAGCUUAGUUGCUAAACAUAUUUUAUACAGUAACAAAAUUUAAAGCAUUUUUGUUUCACUGGUAGCCACAGGAUAUUUUGCUUUACUCCUGCAACAUAUUUUUAUAAAAUGGUGAUUUAUUUUGGAUAGGGUUUUUUGAGAUAGUGGUUGCAAAUGAUGUAUUUAAUUUCACUUCUAGUGCAACUGAAAAAUGUAAGUAAAUUCUUGGUAAAAUUGAUACCGGGAACUACAGGCAGAAGAAAUACAAAAUGUAACUGACCAAUAUAAAAAGCAUUAGAGGAUUAUCUCUUGAUUGUAAUUGCAAUGUUGAGUGUGAGAAGAAUCUUCACUUGUAAAUGAUGGAAAUGAUUUCUGUGUAACUAUGUAAAUGUUGAUUGAGAUGGCAGGUCCCCUAUUUUGUAUAUUGGAGCAAAAAUGUCUAUUAAAUAAAAUACGUUCUCUGAAGGUAA